CUCCUGUCUACACCCACAAUCCAGGCGCGAGCAUUGCAGGCUACAGUAUCAGGUUCGGCGAAUACAGUUUGAAAACAUGGCGUUAAACGGAACUGCAACUGUAGAAAUAAUCAACGGGGAGCUAUUGGACUCAUCGCCGCGGAGCGCUGAUAUUGGUAACAAAGUAACAGUGGUUCUUGGAGCCCAGUGGGGAGACGAAGGCAAGGGGAAGGUCGUUGAUCUGUUAGCGCAGGAUGCCGACAUAGUGUGCAGAUGUCAGGGCGGUAACAAUGCUGGUCAUACAGUUGUUGUGGAUUCAGUGGAAUAUGAUUUCCAUCUUUUACCAAGUGGUAUAAUUAAUCCCAAAGCUAUUGCCUUUAUUGGCAAUGGAGUAGUGAUUCAUCUGCCCGGUCUGUUUGAAGAAGCAGAAAAGAAUGCAAAAAAGGGAAAAGGUCUUGAAGACUGGGACAAAAGGCUAAUAAUUUCAGACAGAGCCCAUAUUGUGUUUGAUUUUCAUCAAGCUGCAGAUGGCAUCCAGGAACAACAGAGACAACAACAAGCAGGAAAAAAUCUGGGUACUACAAAGAAGGGAAUUGGUCCAGUAUAUUCUUCAAAAGCAGCUCGGAGUGGCUUAAGAAUAUGUGAUCUUCUGGCUGAUUUCCAAGAUUUUUCUGAGAGGUUUAAGGUGCUAGCAAAUCAACAUAAAGCAAUGUAUCCAACCUUGGAAAUAAAUGUAGAAGAAGAACUGGAAAAGCUGAAGAGUUAUGUAAACAGAAUCAAGCCUAUGGUAAAAGACGGUGUAUAUUUUAUGUAUGAGGCACUCCAUGGUCCACAGAAAAAAAUUCUUGUAGAAGGAGCAAAUGCCGCUUUGCUUGACAUUGAUUUUGGAACAUACCCAUUUGUAACCUCAUCAAAUUGCACAGUAGGGGGUGUCUGUACAGGACUAGGAAUGCCUCCUCAGAAUGUUGGUGAAGUAUAUGGAGUUGUUAAAGCCUACACAACAAGAGUGGGCAUUGGUGCUUUCCCAACGGAACAGAGUGAUGAAAUUGGACAGUUGCUGCAGACAAGAGGAAAAGAAUUUGGAGUUACCACAGGGAGAAAAAGAAGAUGCGGUUGGUUAGAUCUUGUACUUGUUAAAUAUGCUCAUAUGAUCAAUGGAUUCACAGCGUUAGCUCUGACGAAGUUAGAUAUAUUGGAUGUACUUGAAGAAAUCAAAGUUGGAGUAGCAUAUACAUUAGAUGGGAAGACCAUUCCCUAUUUCCCAGCAAACCAGGAAGUAUUAAACAAAGUUGAAGUUCAAUAUGAGAUUCUCCCCGGAUGGAAUACAGAUACGUCAAAUGUAAGGACAUUUGAAGAUUUGCCUGAAGAAGCUAAAAAAUAUGUCAGAUUCAUUGAAAACUACCUCAGUGUGCCUGUUAAAUGGAUUGGAGUUGGAAAAUCACGGGAGUCCAUGAUACAAUUAUUCUGAAGAGUCCUGUCCCUCAUCUCAAAGGAAUGGCACACUCUCUCUUGACUACACACAUAUCAUUAAAGACCUGUGGGUCAAGAAAAAGAUGUGAGAAUAAAUCUGUUAGGUGUACAAAAUCUUAACCAGUGCUGGAACCACUGAAUAGUAUCCAUUUUUAUACUCCAAGUAGAGCUCAUUACCUGUUUGUUUUAUGUACUUUGUAAAGCCACUCCAUGGUUUCAGUUUUGAAAGUUUUAUUAUACACAGAGGUUACAUUUACAUUUAUUUCAUUGUCACUGCUUUACCCGAUACUCUGUAAGUCCCACAAGGAUGGCCAGCUUCUAAAGUCAAUGUGCCUUGUAAAAUUGAAAGUUCAUGUUUUACAUUUUGCCUUUAAGUUAGGUUAAGAUUAAUUGCGACUUUGCACACAUACUUUGUUGCAUUCUGUUUGUAUCACUUUAUGAAACUGCUGCUUUAUCCAGAGAAUAGUUACUUCAGGACUAUAGGAUGAAAGGUCUUUAGUUAUAUUUCAAAUGUCUUCACAUCUUGUAUACAGCAUUGUUUCAUUUUAAAGUCUUAUAACAUUAACUCUGAAAUGUGUACAUAGAACUGAAGCAAAGAUGUAGAUACUGUUGCAAUAUCUUUGUAAAUGUAUUAAAAUAUUGCCAAUUAAAAAUCUUGGAAAUUAUAUAAAAACAGGCAAUAAAACCCUUAGAACUACA